AGCUAGUCUUGAAAUUUGGAACAUUCAAAAAUGGCUCAAUGCUGGGCGCCAAGAUCACUCGUGAUCUCUUGUUUAGAUUUUCUGCUAUUCUGAGUAAUAAAAACUAUUUGUUUUACUGACAGUUUAUUUGAUUAAAAAUACAUCUCAUUUUAUAUUUAUAUUAAUUUCAUUUCCUACAAUAGAAGGCAGCAUUUUUGUCUAAUAUUACAUACCAGUGUUUCACUGUCUAUGAUUAUGAUAGGACCUACAAUGAUAUACGAUCAAAAGUUCUAUAAGAUACAAAUAAAUCCGUGUUUUGAAAAGUUCCAGAUAUGAAAUUAUAGUCAUUAUUGUAUUCUUUUCCAUUGAACUAGAGAGACAUUAAAUUUAUAAUUAUAUCAGAAAAAAAUCCUGGAAGAUUCAGUUUCAGUGUUCUACAUAAAAAGAUGGCAAGAAGACAACAAGAACUGUCUAAUGACAGCAGACUAGAUGUUUUGAAGCCCUUUCACCAGUAGUAUACUGUGUCUUUGGCAUCAUGAGAUGACUGCACAUGACAAGAACUUAACUCUAGCUUUUAUUUUGUCAAAUUAUACCCCUUUCUAAUUUAGAAAUUUUGGUUACAGUUUUGCAUUUAAGCAGGUUUCUCAAAUUAUAAUUGUUAAAAUUCAUUCAUUAGAAGUUUCAUUUAUAUUUACUAGAAAUAUGCUAUUUUUAGGGGGUCGCAAAAUGACUCUUUCACAUUUUUUUGGCAUUUUUUUGUUGUUGUUGGUGGUGUGAAAGUGACCAUUGGUAUAAACUUAUUGACGUAUGAAUUUACACAAUGGAGAAAAUCAGCAUUUUUCUUGCUUUUUUUACCAAUAUGUAACUUUUCUCUCUCAUUUUUCAGUGUGUUACAUACAUUCUAUGCCAAACUUGAUUGAGGUGAACUUGUUAAAAAAGUUCAUACCAACUCUGGCAAGUAGCUUUAUAAAAUAGUGCCCCAAGCCCCUACACACUUGGUGGCAUUGAUGAGGAAAUAUAUGGUGUUACCAUAUAUCAACUGGAUGACACAGUAGUUUAGGAUAGAAGUUUAACGUCUAAAUGUAUGAGCAUUUAUCCCUGUGCAUUCAUAAUAUCUAGGUAGCAGAUUAUAAUGGACGGGAAAAUUAACACAGUUAUGGGAGGUAUUGUCCCAGCAGAUGCAGGGGUUAUUCUGCCACAUGAACAUCUUAUAUGUAAUGCUGAUGCUUUGAUGUUGAGGAAGCAACCUGUUGAAUUCCAACAAUAUUGUGACAAACCCCUCUCACAAGAUAUAGGAUGGUGGAUCACACAUAACCCAUAUUCCAGUCAUGAUAAUGCACAUCUGUUUGAAGAGAAAGAUGCUGUUAAAGAAGAACUUGAGUUUUUCAAGAGAAAUGGAGGUGGUCUUGUGGUUGAUAACACCACCUAUGGCAUUCACCCCAAUGCACAAGUUCUGGCUAACUUGUCCAUGGCAACAGGGGUUCACGUUGUAGCAGGAACAGGUUACUAUGUGGAAUCUUCACGUCCCAGUACUGUGGAUGGUACUGUAGAAGAAUUUGUGGACUUUAUGGCCAAGGACAUACAAUAUGGAUGUGAGGGGACCGGUAUAAAAGCUGGUGUAGUUGGAGAACUUGGCUGUUCAUUUCCACUUGGAAAUUCUGAGAAACGGGUACUACAAGCAGCAGCUCAGGUGGAAUGUGAUACUGGUUGUCCAGUUAUAAUACAUCCAGGCCGGGCACCGGAAUCACCAUUUGAGAUUAUGAGGAUAUAUCAGGAGGCUGGUGGUCAUGCAAGUCGAGUUGUGAUGUCACAUAUGGAUAGAACAAUAUCAGAUAUACCACAGUUGUUAGAGUUUGCCGAGCUAGGAUGUUAUGUAGAAUAUGAUCUGUUUGGCAUUGAAUGUUCGUACUAUCAGCAGACGCCUACUAUAGAUAUGCCUAGCGAUGCUGAACGUAUACAAAGGAUCAAAUUUCUCAUAGAAAAUGGAUUCCAGGAUAAAAUAACAGCAUCUCAUGAUAUACAUACAAAACAUAGACUUAUGAAGUACGGUGGGCAUGGAUUCUCUCAUAUAUUACUACAUGUCGUACCUAAGAUGUUAAUUAAGGGGAUAUCGCAGGAAAAUGUUGACAGAAUUAUAAAGCACAAUCCACAAACUUGGCUGACAUUCACACGAACCAACAGCAACUGAUGUAUACACAAUAUUUGACAUAUAUUGGUUGUCAAAAUGAAAGAGACUGGGUCAUUGAAAUUCAAAAAAUUGUGCUUUUUUUACUGUAAAAUCAAUUAGUUUUGUAGGCACAAAACUGCAGUUUCUUUUGGACAUGAACUCUUGGAUUCUUUAGUUAAAAAUGAAGUAUAUAAGAAUUUUAUUUGUUUGAUGGAAUUUAGUUUUUCUGUCGGACAUAUCUGUGAAAUUAAUUCCACACAAGUAAUGAUGGUUUCACAGUCAAAUACAUUUUUAUUAAAAUACAUUGCACUGUAUAUACUAUGUGCCUAAAUGUGAUGUACCUUAAACCUAAUAAUGUUAACCUAUAUGUAACAGACCUUAUUUGUAUGUUUCAAUGAAAGACCAAAAUUUGUUCCACUGAGUGAAACGUCCAUUUAACCUACACAACACUUACAUAAAGCAAAGUUGUGAUGACACUUUUAAUGUUAGAAAAAAGUUAAAUAAUUCUUUUGAGAUUUUAAAUUUCUUUUACAGAUUUAUAAGAUGGAGCAUACAUCGGUAUGUUUUUAUGGGUAUUUAUAUAAAGCAAUAUCUUUAUUACCAGUUUCACACCUGAACUUUCUUCAGGGUGAUCUUUAAGUGCAUUUGGAUGCUCCAUUGACCUGUGUCCGUCAUCCUGCAUCAAAAUAUUUUACUUAAAUAUCUGUGAAUUUGAAAUGUUUGGUCAAAAUUACACUGAACUUGGUGUGUAGUAUCCUGGCAUGGAUCCUUCUCAAAUAGUUCCACUUGACUCCACUUAGAGGCCUCUUUAUCUGACAGUUGAAAAACCUUUAAACAACUUCUUCUCAUGAACCACUUGAUAUAUUUUCACCAAACUUGGUGUUAAGCACCGUUGUAUGGACUUCCCUCAAGUUUGUAUAUUGGUUAGCCUUGACUCCGUUUUGGGCACACCAGAGUUAAACAUAGAAAGAAAAUUUUAAAUGACUUCUUCUCUUAAACCAUUCUAUGAUUCUUCACUGAACUUGAUCUGUAGCAUACUUGUAUAGACCUCCCUCAAGUUUUCUUUAAUUAGUUCCAUUUGCCUGCUUUUAGGGGGCUACCAGAGCUAAAUAUAGAAACACCUUCGAACAACUUCCCAUUAAUCACUUGAUGGGUCUUCAAAAAAUAGGGUCAGUUUUUUGUAAUUUGUAUUCUUUUGUGUUCAAGUCUUUAUCUUUGGUAACAGUGAAAAAUGAGAAUGAUAUCCACAAGUACUUCACUGAAAAAGCUCAGGGAUUCAAGAUAAUAUUUGUACUUGGUACCUGCAAUAUUCAUGUAAUUGUACGAGGACACAUUCAAGUGUAGGGUGCCAACUUGGAAACUUAACACAUCUUUCUUUAGUGCAUGGAUAUAGAUAUAAGGUUGUCUAUCACUUAUACUCUUCCAUUAACAUGUCUUCUUCACCUACUGUACUUCAAAGCUAUAGAUCACAAGAUAGAAUUGUGUUUUGUAUUUCUACUAUUCAUUUUUAGCUCACCUGAGCCAAAGUCUCAUGGUGAGCUUUUGUGACCGCUUGAUGGCCGUCGUGUGACGUGUGUCCGUCAACAAUUUCUAAAAAAAAUUCUUGAAAACCACUGGGCAGAAUUACACCAAACUUCACAGGAAUGAUCCUUCGGUGCCCCCCUUUCAAAAUUGUUCAAAGAAUUUAAUUCCAUGCAGAAUUCUGGUUGCUAUGGCAACCGAAAGGAAAAACUUAAAAAAUCUUCUUGUCCAAAACCCCAAGGCAUAAAGCUUUGAUAUUUGGCAUGUGACAUCUAAUGGUCCUCUAUGAAGAUUGUUCAAAUUAUGCCCCUGGGCUGAAAAGAGGCCCUGCCCCGGGGGUCACAAGUUUUAUAUAGACUUGUAUAGAAAAAGACAUUAAAAAUCUUCUUGUCUAAAACCACAAGACCUAGGCCUUUGAUAUUUGGUAUGUAGCAUUGCCUUGUGGUCCUCUACCAAAAUUAUUCAAAUUAUAAGCUUUGGGUGAAAAGAGGCCCUGCCCCAGGGGGUCUGAAAUUUUACAUAGACUUGUAUAGGAAAAAAAAAAAAAUCUUGCCUGAAAGUUCAAGGCCUAGGCCUUUGAUAUUUAGUAUGUAGCAUUGCUUAGUGGAUCUCUAACAAUAUUGUUCAAAUUAGGCCCCUGGGGUGAAAAGAGGCCCUAACCUGGGCGUCACUUGUUAUACGAGUUAUAUAGGAAUAAAUACUUAAAAAAUUAUCAGAUCAUAUUUCCUAGGAUGAUUAAUUAUAAUUACCUGAUGACCCCAAGGGAUUAGGGGUCACUUGACUAUGACCUUGACCUACUUUCUUGUUUUUUAAGAUACAGCCUUGAAAUUUGGACGACAUGUACAGUUUUGCACACCGAUCUUAAAACUGACUUUCAGUGACCAUGAAUUUGACCUACUUUGUAAUAUUUUAGCAUCAGUUUGCCAUUUUAAACUUGUGACUCAUAUUACUCAGGUGAGCGAUUCAGGGUCAUCAUGACCCUCUUGUUCCAUUUAAAUUACCCUAAAAAAGAAGUUAGAAAAUUAUUUACAUUUGAGAGAUUGUUAUUUCUUAGUUAUAUCUAUAAUAAAUCUCAUAUACGUAAGAAAUGCGCACUGAAAUUAGUCCAGCUUUAAUGGAGAUGCUUACUGCAUGUGUUAUCUACAUGUUUUAAAACUUUAGAUACAGAUUUUUCAUGAAAGACAAAAUUAAACACUAUUAUAUACUAAGUACAUAUAAUGCCUUCAUUCAGGUAAGAAAUCACAACCUCUCCAAUACCACUCGGUGGACUUGAAAAAAAAAACAAUUAUGGGAUAAAUAUUGAUGGCAGAAUAUAUGAGCUGUAGUUUUGUGCAGAUAUUUAUUCCCACUUAUAAUCUCAGUGUAAAAAUGAUAUUAUAUUGUAUACUCAAGAUUUUGUUUAUCAUGUCUAUUCGUUGUGAAAUCAGUGCAUUAUAUACUAACAUUUCCACAAAAAAGUGUAAAUAUGCGUUAUCUGUGAUGGAGUUGUACAUGGAUAUUUCUUGUAAAUUAUACAUUUAGACAUAAAGGAUUAGCUUGUUAAAUAUAAAAUUAUGCCGUUAUGCAGCGAGGUAUGUUAACUUGUUGUUAUUAUGAAUUUUGAAUGAUUGAAAGCAGUUUGAUUUAUUUAGUCCUGAGAACAUGUUAUUAUAAUAAUUUUGCAUGUAUAUAAUAUAUAGACCAGUACACACAAUCUCCACACUUAAACUAAUUAUUGCGAUAUGGCAGUAUAGUUAAAUGAUUCAUGCCCCUGUGGAUUAGUCAACUGGUUCAUGCCUGUAUAGCCUAGCGAUUUAGGUUUAUGUGCUAGAGUUGGUUAGGACUCCGUAGACUAGCUGAGCUGUUCAGGCCUCUGUACUUACAUGAUUCAGGCCUCAGUAGUUGAGUUGUGCAGGCCUCUAUAAACUAUCUGAGAGGUUUAGGAUUUAAUAGUUGUUGUUUGGGCCUCUAUACUGUAGGGAGUCCGGCUUCAAUAGUCAAGUUGUUCAGGCCUCUGUAAACUAGCCGAGCGGUUCAGGCUACAAUAGUUGCAUUGUUCAGGCUUCUGCAUUUUAAUGUUUCAGCCCAGAGGCCUCAUACCCUAGUUGUUAAGGCCUCUGGUAACUAGUUGAGCGGUUCAGGCUACAAUAGUUGCCUUGUUCAGGCUUCUGUAUUUUAAUGUUUCAGGCCUUGUACUUGAGUUGUUCAGGCCUCUGUAUUUAAAUAUUUACGUUCGCCCUAUUCUUGAAAAUUAUGACAUUUAUUUUGUACAAACAGCAAAAAGAAAGGCACCAGAGUGACGUCAGUGCUGCCACCAAAAAAAAACCAUUUUAUUUCUUAAAUGCUUCCGACCUUUGUACUCGUGUUGUUCAGGCCUCUGUACUUUAUGAUUCAUGCCUCUGUACUAAAUUGUUCCAGGCCUGUUCAGUUUCUAGUACUCCAGUUUUUCAGUCCUCUAUAUUUGAGUGAUUCGGGACUCUUUUGAGUGGUUCUGCCUUUAUACUUGAUUUGUUCAGGCCACUGUAUAUGGAUGGUUCAGUCCUCUGUACUUAGAUGUUUAGUCCUCUGUACUCAAGUUGUUCCGGACUGUAGUUGUUGUUCUAGCUUCUCUGUUUGAUUUGUUUAAGCCUCAGUAGACUAGCUGAGUGGUUCAGAAUUCUUCAUGUUCAGGUCAUAGUACUGAGUUUUUUCAGUCGUCAGUACUCAAGUUGUUAAGUCCUCUGUAUUGGAUUUGUUUAGGCCUCUGUAAAUUAGUUGCAUGGUUCAGGGCUCUGUUAUCAACUUGUUCAGUCAUCUUACAUGGAAUCACCUGUCCUCAGCACUAAGGAUGAAAUCAAGCAUGGCAUCAAGAUUCCUUCUUGAGAGAACUACUUCCCUGAUGGUUUCUUUCCUGGGAAUAUUUACACUUAAAGCAGUGCAUGAAGGGACAGCUAGGGUUCUUCAUCUGUAAUAUUAUCAAAACUAAAUUUAUCAUGAAAAAAGAAGCCAUCAUGACUUGUAUCAUUUCUUCAGCAUAUCUGUCAGAUAUUAAAUGCUUAAAACUCAAGAAAUGUUCUCAACUACCUCAGGUCUUUCUUUUGUUAAAUCCUGAUUCGCAUUAGAAGUAUCUUUUAUACAGUGUCAGUAUUUUUUGAAGGAGUGAAUAUUACUUUUUGUAUGUUUAUAAAGGUAUAAGUCACAUGUGGACUUCAACAAUAGGGCUUCUUGUAUGAAAUUCCGGAAGUCCCAGUGUAUUCUGUGUGUUUAUAUGGGUACGGUAUAUAUGGGUAUAAACCACAUUGGGACUUCCAUGCCAGCAAUUCUUUGAUGAUUUGUGAGAAGUCCCAGUGUGGCUUAUACCCUUAUAAAUGCACAAGGAACAACAUCCAAUCUUUGUAUUUACAUUUUUAGCUCACCUGUCACAAAGUGACAAGGUGAGCUUUUGUGAUCGCGCGGUGUCCGUCGUCCGUGCGUGCGUGCGUGCGUCCGUCCGUCCGUCCGUAAACUUUUGCUUGUGACCACUCUAGAGGUCACAUUUUUCAUGGGAUCUUUAUGAAAGUUGGUCAGAAUGUUCAUCUUGAUGAUAUCUAGGUCAAGUUCGAAACUGGGUCACAUGCCAUCAAAAACUAGGUCAGUAGGUCUAAAAAUAGAAAAACCUUGUGACCUCUCUAGAGGCCAUAUAUUUCAAAAGAUCUUCAUGAAACUUGGUCAGAAUGUUUACCUCGAUGAUAUCUAGGUCAUUUUCGAAACUGGGUCACGUGCCUUCAAAAACUAGGUCAGUAGGUCUAAAAAUAGAAAAAACCUUGUGACCUCUCUAGAGGCCAUAUAUUUCACAAGAUCUUCAUGAAAAUUGGUCAGAUUGUUCACCUUGAUAAUAUCUAGGUCAAAUUCGAAACUGGGUCAAGUGCCUUCAAAAACUAGGUCAGUAGGUCAAAUAAUAGAAAAACCUUGUGACCUCUCUAGAGGCCAUAUUUUUUAUGGGAUCUGUAUGAAAGUUGGUCUGAAUGUUCAUCUUGAUGAUAUCUAGGUCAAGUUCGAAACUGGGUCAUGUGCGGUCAAAAACUAGGUCAGUAGGUCUAAAAAUAGAAAAACCUUGUGACCUCUCUAGAGGCCAUAUAUUUCAUGAGAUCUUCAUGAAAAUUGGUCAGAAUGUUCAACUUGAUGAUAUCUAGGUCAAGUUCGAAAGUGGGUCAUGUGUGGUCAAAAACUAGGUCAGUAGGUCAAAUAAUAAAAAAACCUUGUGACCUCUCUAGAGGCCAUACUUUUCAUGGGAUCUGUAUGAAAGUUGGUCUGAAUGUUCAUCUUGAUGAUAUCUAGGUCAAGUUUGAAACUGGGUCAACUGCGGUCAAAAACUAGGUCAGUAGGUCUGAAAUCAUUAAAAUCUUUUGACCUCUCUAGAGACCAUAUUUUUCAAUGGAUCUUCAUGAAAAUUGGACAGAAUUUUUAUCUUGAUAAUAUCUAGGUCAAGUUCAAAACUGGGUCACAUGAGCUCAAAAACUAGGUCACUAUGUCAAAUAAUAGAGAAAACGACGUCAUACUCAGAACUGGGUCAUGUGGAAAGAGGUGAGCGAUUCAGGACCAUCAUGGUCCUCUUGUUAAAGUAACUUACAACAAAAUUAUGGGUUUCUGUCCGUAAAUAAAAGAAAAUCAUAUAAUAAAUAUUCGACCAUUUAUUGUUACAAUAAAUAUGAGCUGCCCACAAAUUGUAAUUUUCCGUUUGAUAAAAAUACAAUUCCAUUAAAUCCAAGCAAAAAUCGCGUAGUUGUGUUGAUUCAGUUUUGAUUUUUACCACAAAAACAGAUUCAGUGAUCAUUGAAUGCCCUUUGAAAUUCUGAUUGCAGUUUUUCAAAGAUUUUUUUCGAACAAUGAUAUUUUAUUAUGUUUUUGUGAAUAGUAUCAGACCACACAUUCAGUCUUGUGGAAAGGGAAACCUUUGCUAUCAUUGCACCAGUGUUGUUUAUACAAAAAUAAACAUCUAAUUUCUUUCUACACAAAAUACAUAAUGAAUGUUAAUAUACGGUAAUUAACAAGAUUAUAAUACUGUAAAUCACUUUAUAUUAGCGUGAUCUUUAUUUCGCGAAUUCCGGCACCCUGAAUUAUUUCGCGGAUUUAUGAAUUCGCGAUGGAAGGGUCAGAAAUUUAAAUUCGUAAAUGUUCUUAUCUUAUAUUAGCGAAAUUUCAAUUCCAGAAGUCGUGAUUAUAUCAGUGCCAAUUUUCAGUACCGCACCGAAUGUAUGCAUGCAAAAGACUCGUUAAACACAUAGUCCAUAAUGCUUAUUUUGUAUUAGCAAUCGGUUACUUUAUUCACACAGACUGAAAUAAUUGAGCCUUUAAAUCCUUUAUUCAAUUUACUAGCGAUUAUUCUUAUUACACUUAAUAGCUGAUAAACUGUUCAAAGUUUGUUACAGCAAUUUCAUAAAUAAUCAACGUACAAGUGUAAAAUACAAUGGUGUAAUAAAUUGUCCCCUAAUCCCUAUUGUUGUCUAAACAAAAUGUGUAAAAAGAAAUCAGGUUUGUUGAGAAGAUAAGGGAUUAUAUCGAUCUUCCCCUCGAGCAACACGCGCUCUGCUUGUUUGACACAUACAAAGUGCAAUAAGGAGAUGCUCUUCGUUAAAAACUGCCAGCAACAUGUAAAUCUAACCUUAAGCAGUAUAUUCUACAUGAAUCAUUAUUCAUAAUUAUAUUGAAAUUUGAAAUGAAUUGUAAUUCAUUCAAUAAACAUCGACGUACAGGCGGCUAGCAUUCAUUGCUGAACUUGACCGUAUUUUGGACAUAUUUUCGGAUAUGUCUGUAUGUUAUGGAAGGAUAUUUACGCGUAUUCAUGAUUUCGCGAUGCACCCAAUUCGCGAAAAAUAGCAAAAAUUAACACACCAUGAAUAAUACCGGAUUUACAGUAUACAGUAAUACAUCACAUAAUCAUUGUACCUUGUCACUAAUAUGGUGUUAAUAUGCACAAAGUUCAUCAUAUUGUACCUUGUCUUAUUAGCUUUUGUACAUAUUUUCUGAGGCUACAAGUUUUCUUGUAAGUAAAUACUUCAUAGAACUUUAUUUACAUUUACUAACAAAUGAGCCGCGCCAUGAGAAAACCAACAUAGUGCGUUUGCAACCAGCAUGGAUCCAGACCAGACUGCGCAUCCGCGCAGUCUGGUCAGGAUCCAUGCUGUUCGCUAACAGUUUCUCUAUUUGCCAUAGGGUUUGAAAGCGAACAGUAUGGAUCCUGACUAGACUGCACGGAUGCGCGGGCUGGUCUGGAUCCAUGCUGGUUGCAAACCCACUAUGUUGGUUUUCUCCUGGUGUGGCUCAAAUAUGAUUUUAAAAACUGACAUAAAUCUGGAGGGAUACACCUGUACAAUCAAGACUCCUGGAAGAUAUAUACUUACACAAGAAUGAGACAUUUUGUAUUCAUGCUAAAAAGAAUCCUUUCAGUUUGCAGGACUGUUAAAAUGAAAUGAUAUUGUUUUCAUGUUACUUUUACACAGUUCCAAAUAAACUGGAGGAAAAAAAUCA